AUGAGCAAACGAAUCGGCGAAGCAAGGUCGGGAGUCCUGAAGCGAGCCAGAGAAUCAGAAGACGAUGCAAAUAUAGGAAAAUAUACCCAGGGCCCGUUAGAUGAGGCUUUUGGGUCGCAUCCAGUGCUCCCUAUGGAGGGUGACUCUGAUGUGACAAACUACUUGAAGGAAGUUCGACGAGAGGCAUUGAGUGAUGAAACUGUGGUAUUUGCGACAAGAGACCGAAAUAUAUCAAAAAGCUCGACUCUUACAAAUGAUAAACCUGAAUCUAAUAAAAAAUUUCAAAUAUGGGCCAAAACGGUGAUGGACAAAUUUAUGGACCAGAAAACUGAUAUGAAACAGUCACAACAAAAAAACUCCUAUACUUAUCCGGACACCUCUGUGGAAUGGAGAACUCUCAUUAUGGGCUCGGAACCACCAGAACAUACCUAUUUCAUGGCUCUUACUCACUCCUCCGUGGUGAAACUUAUUGUCUAUGCCACUAAAUGGCUCAGUGCCAAAACCUCUCCAAACCUCUCCUUAUGGCUAUUCACUCUUCUAGUGCGCUUGGACACACCAUUAGACUACUCAGAGACUGCUGUCUUACGAGAAACUGCCAAAAAAGCUAUCCGAAUCUACACCAGAGCCAACCACCAACUCGACUCUACUACAAAGUACACAUUUGCUUAUUUGGUGGCCAUAAUUGGCAUAUACUAUGGCCAACAAGACCUCCUUCACGAAAUUGACACAAUUGACCUAUAA